AGUUCAAUUUUCUCAUGGAUUUUCUAACAUCUUCGAUCUUUGCAGCGUCCAUUGCAUGGAUAUGCAUACUGAUUCUAACAUCAAAUUCUCAGGCCCGAAAAUUAUCGAAACUUCCUCCAGGCCCGUACGGGCUCCCGAUCAUCGGAAACAUCCUCCAGCUCGGGCCCAAACCCCACCACUCGCUCGCCAAACUAUCCCAGAAAUACGGGCCCGUGAUGUUGCUAAAGCUAGGCAGCAUUACAACCGUAGUAAUCUCCUCAGCUGAAACCGCCAAACUUGUGCUUCAAAAACACGACUCUUCCUUUUCAAACCGAACCAUUCCUUCGGCCAUCACAGCCCUCCGCCACCACGAGUUCUCGGUGGGGUGGCUGCCCGUCGGAAACCAGUGGCGGAAGCUGCGGAAGAUAUGCAAAGAGCAGAUGUUUUCGGCUCCGCGGCUUGACGCCAGCGAGGGUCUGAGGAGAGAGAAGCUGCAGAAGCUGCGCGACUUCGUGGCGGAGCGCUGCGAUCGCGGAACCGCUGUGGACGUAGGUGAGGCCGCUUUCACGACGUCGCUGAAUCUGAUAUCGGCGUCGCUGUUCUCGAUGGAGUUCGCGCGGUUCGAUUCGGAGUCGUCGCAGGAGAUGAAGGAGGUGGUGUGGGGAGUCAUGAAAUCCAUCGGAAGCCCUAAUUUGGCUGAUUAUUUCCCACUGCUGAAACCGGCGGAUCCGCAGGGGAUUUUGAAGGCGGCGGAGUUUAAUUUUGUGAAGCUGUUUGCGAAAUUGGAUGAGAUAAUAGACGAGAAACUGAAAUCGGGGGUCGAGAAACGCGAUUUGGUGGAAGCGCUUCUUGAGAUCCACCGACGAGAUGAAGCUCAGCUUAGCCGAGAUGACAUAAGACAUCUUCUUCUGGAUCUACUCCUAGCAGGAACCGAUACGACUUCAGGAACAAUGGAAUGGGCGAUGACAGAAUUAAUAAGCAACCCUCAAAAAAUGGUCAAGCUCAGAGACGAAAUCAGGAGCUUCAUGUCUGAAAAUGGAAAGCCGCAAAUUGAUGAAUCAGACAUCUCAUCGCUGCCAUAUCUGCAAGCAGUGGUGAAAGAAACCUUCAGGCUACACCCAGCAGCCCCUUUCCUACUACCUCACAAAGCCAGCUCCUAUGUGGAAAUAAAUGGCUACAUAGUACCAGAAAAUGCCCAGAUUCUCAUCAAUGUGUGGGCGAGUGGUAGAGAUUCAAGAAUCUGGAGGAAUCCAGAUGAGUUCUUGCCUGAGAGAUUUUUGAACGAAAACAACAAUAUAGAUUUUAAGGGUCGAAAUUUCGAGUUGAUUCCGUUUAGCACAGGGAGAAGAAUAUGCCCCGGAUUGCCGUUGGCGGAUCGAAUGGUGCAUCAGAUGUUGGUAACAUUUGUGGGGAAUUUUGAGUGGAAACUGGAAAAUAUGAAGCUAGAAGAAAUGGACAUGAAUGAGAAUUUCGGAAUUACUCUUCAAAAGGCAGUACCUCUCAAAGCAAUUCCCACCAAACUAUGAGUCGACAAAUAUAGAAUAUAUACGUGUGGUAUAUGUGUAUUAAGUUUUACUCCAUGUUCUAAUGCUUUCCUUAUAUGAUCUAGAAAACUGUUUAUGUUACUUGGUAUUUGUUGAGAGAGUGAUUGUAUAUUCAUUCAACUUGCUUGCUCCUGUGAGGAAUUACACGCCCAUUAAGUAGGUUAAGGAA